AUGGCCAGUAAACACUACACUUGUUGGGUCUGCGAGGAGCGGGGGCACAUGGACUGGCAGUUUGUACAGGGAAAGGCGGCGGAGCUGGUGAUUUGGUGGAGGCUCGCGCUGCAGAUGUCGUUUCAGCAGCUGCUGGGCCAGCGUGGAGGUUUCCGUCGGGGUCGUGGUGGUGGCCAGGCCUUGCAUUGCCUCGCAGAGCUUGAUUAA